GUGAUACUACAUCAGGUGCAUGUCAAGGAACUAUCAAACAACAACAUAGGACUUCCACAGGCUCAGAUUAUCGAUCUGACCUGACAAGACCCCUCCCUCAUCAACCAACUUCACCUACCUAGGUACCUACAUCAUACCUUAGCACACCAAAAAGAACAAUGCCCGUCCGCAUCCCCAGAGCCCGCUCAACAGAGAUCGCGACCUUCGGGUUCGCGGGCGUCGCCGGCUUCGCGCCCUUCUACUUCAUGCUGCCGGGGGCCGAGGAGCGGCUGGCGGCGCAGACGACGCGGUGGGCGCCACGCUGGGAGCGCAACAUCGGAUACUUCGCGCCGCGGGCGCAGCGCAUCGCGCAGCGCGUCGAGCCCCGCGUCGAGCGCACCGUCAAGCGGAUCGACGACCGCCUGCCCUUGGAGAGGAUGGCGAAGACUGUUGAUCGCCGGAUUAAGCUUGGGAUUGAACGGUUUGGGAAGACGGAGUAGUGGUAGGGGUAGGGUUAUCGUAGGGUUAGGGUAAGGGAUGAUGAUGAUAUCCGGGCACGGCUAAGUUGGGUUGGGAUGGG